AUGUGUGCGUUAUUUGGGAGUAGUGGCCUUUGCGGAAGCUGUGGCCAGACGAUCCCAGCCUCGGAGUUCGUCAUGAGGUCAGGUUGUGGAGGGGUGUACCAUUUAAAAUGCUUUGCCUGCUCCAAGUGCGGUUCUCCCCUGGUGACUGGGGAUCGGUAUGCUCUGGUGAAUGGGAGCCUUUUGUGCGAGCAAGAUUCGCUGAAAGUGCGGGGAAGCCCUGGAGCCUCUGGUCCUGGCGGCACUGGGGCAACCAGGAAAGGCAAGGUCGGCCGACCAAGGAGAUCCCGAGAUUGAACCAGCCUCUUAAUCCUUUUUGCUCACCGCUCAUCGCAUGUGUUAUGUGAGUUCCUGUUCUC